AAUAUAUAGUAUUUAUCAUAAAUGGUUUAACGAAAUUAAGAGCUUUCUGACUUCAGUGUUUCCCGCUGUUUGUCGAGAACUCGAUUUCUCGAUUUACAUGUUUGACUGUUUAACGAAUACUUCAAACAUUUUGGGCCUAAGUUUUAUGUGAAAUGGCGGUGAAUGUGGCUAGAAGGAAGUUAGUGCGCGUGCACACAAUAACAGCGCGUGUAUACACAUGAAAUUACUGUUUAGUCAAAUUAUGUUCAUUUUAAAUGAAUCGCUAAAUAGUUAAACAUCAAAGGUGACCAUUGGUAGGUAAAUUGUUAUAGUGGCUUACUGUAGAUUUUACUGUACAGAAUAUAAUUACCGUCGUACUGCUUAUACUUCUCAGUGGUACCCUCAUUUUAUUUUUAUUUUUUGUCACAAAGGCUGUACUAACUCUAAACAUGGAUAUGUUGAUGUUCUUACCUGGUAAAAAAAAAUUAAGAGCAUAUUAGUGAUAUAAAAAAAAACUUGCUAUAUUUGUUAUAGGAGUCCUCAUAAGAAUAGCCGUUAUGUAUGUUAUUGUAUGUUGUCGCAAUAUAUGCAGUCAUAUAUCUUUUUAUGCUCUUAUCUGUUUCAUUUAAACAUUAGAGCCCUCAUGUAAUCUGAUAGAGCUAAACAAUUACAUUCACCAGAUGUAAUUGUUUACAUUAGUCACUCUUGGCAGGUCCUAUUUUUCAGGUCCAAGUUAUGCUGGGCCUCCAUAAUGCACCAAUGCUUGCUGGAUCUUUCUUGGCCCAGAGUCAAACUCCUGGCCUGCAUUUACAAGCGAAGCAGCACUGGUCCAAGUCCACCCUUAAACGAAAAACCUUUUGUUCCUCCUGUGCAAAUAUGACUGUAUUAAGAUGAGCUCACUAUAUAGAAAAUGUAUAGAAAGAUUGCAGCUUAGUAGAACAUUAUUAUAAUAUACAUGCUUUUAGAUUUGUUGACUUUGGCCAUGUUUAGUAAACCUAUGUUGGAUAGCAUUGGGAAAUGGAGAAGAAUGUUUUUCGUGAGGUGUCAAAUACACAUUUCUAUUAUUGAUUCAUGAGAAAACUGUUUUCCGAAUUAAUUUUAAUUUGUCAAAGAACCCAGUAAUGUUUACAGAAAAACUGGGAUAACAUUAAUAACAAUGGCUUAGCUCUGAAUUUUCCUGGGUAAUUAUUCUUUUAAAAUGCAAGGAGUUUAUAGAACAUCUCAGUUUAAUGGAAAUAAUGUACAGCAAAGAGAGGACUAUGCAUUCUUACUGUAACUGACUGUUUCUUCAUUGAAGUUAAUAUUGAGGAAGUAACUAGAAAAAGGGAAGUUGUUAGACAUUAGACAAGAGGUAUGACUGAGUACUUGGAGCUGCAUUUAAAUGUGUGCCUGCAGAUGUUUUUUUGCAAUCUUUUAGAAUGUGUAGUUGAGGACUGGAAUGCUUUCCUGAGAAGCAGCCACCGGUUCUCUUAAGGAACUCUUGCCUGUGUUUUCUGAGUUCCUUUUAGCAGUCGUUACUAAAGGCUUUGGAAUUUCAUUAAUCUCUGUGAGAGAAACAGAGCAGCAGAAGCUGUACAGUCACCAACUGUAUGUUUUGUUACAGUUUAGUUCAAGAUUUCCACAGCAAAGGUUAUUAUGGAUUAAAGUUUAUAGUGUGCACUAUUAGUUACAUGUUUAUUAGAUAUGUGUAGACAUUUAGGGUGCAAAACUCCUCUAAAGCAUAAUUGUUUAGGUUUCUGGUGACACUGACAGGUUCAGUUUGCAUGUAAAUGAAAAGACUUUAGUGUUGAUUACUUGACCUGCAAAAUGAAUUUGCAGAAUUUGAUAAUCAGUCAUUGCCAUUUCUCCAGUUAGUAAAAUGCCAUGCUUGUCAGUGCAGAAAGUUGGAACAGAAGUUAAAAAAUGACCUUAGAGUUGCACAGACUUCUUUUGCAAAAAGUGAAAUAUUCUCAGGACUGCAUGAGCAAUAUAUGGCAAUAGUGAAGUACAUUGGAGAUUCAUUUCAGGUAUAGGGUUUCUAGAAAUGAAGUUUGGAAUAUGGUCAGAAUUGGUGGUGUGCCCCAAGCUGAGACGUAUAGGCCGAUUCUUAUCUGUUUUACAGUCUGUUUCCAGAUUCAUUCACAGCUUAAAACAAUCCAUCCAAAACAAAGCAGAAUUUCUGUCAAGCUUUUAAUAAUAUGAAGAGGCAAUUAAAAACAUGAAAUUUAAAAAUCAAAACCAGCAAAUUGCAAAGCAAAAAACAACUUCACCCCAAAAAACACUGGUCACAGUGACAUCUUAAAAGAAACCUUAAAAUCUUGAACCUUGAACUAGUAACUUUUGACAGUUUUUUUUGUCACACAGUUAAUCUGUUGCACAUAAUGUUGUGGCUAAACUGACUAAAUAUUUCAGCUCUAGACAGAAUGAGUAAAUGAGAAAAUGAUUGGCAGACGAACUGAUAAUUUGUACUAAUUGUUGCCUUUUUUAUGAGUCAUAAUAUGUGAAGUUGGUGACUAAUAGAGUACCAAAAACAAAAUUCUAAAUGCUUUGACUGUCUACAAUGUCUGUACCUGUGUCCUUAAGCUUAUGCCGGUUUAGCAGAGAUAUUGUUGUCAUGACAAACAGUUUCCUUAUCAGUAGGGGUGGAGUGAGCAACUUCCAUUGAGCUUUUCGAUUAAGGCAUGUACCAGAACCUGUCAAGUGGUGUUCCGAGUUUCCUGUAGUGGUUUUUAUAUGACUAAGUUGUUUUUCUGCUCAAGAGAAAAGCAAGUGAGAUUAUUUCAGAUAGAGCCAUCAGAUUAUUGACAGCUCAUACGCUUGCCUCAGUCUAAACACUGUUUUCGGAAAUAAUUUUUCGCAAGAAGAUGCUCAUAAUGUGAGUUUUCACACUGCCACAUUUUCAUAAAGAAAGAAACUCUUUGUUGUUUUAACAACAGGACAUAUAGUGGAGAAUGUGGGCGUGUGACAUGACAUGUGACGGGCUCUUGAAUGUUGGCUUGCUACAGGGCACGCACUUAUUAGAAUAUCAGAGCAAAUGAAAGGCCACAAAUCCCUUCACAUUUAGUGGUGUGAAUGUGUACAGAAAGUUGACUGUCCAUUCCAGGUGAUUAUCAGACUACCUGGUUUAAAGUGCACAGAGAAUUGAAAUUGUUUUUCACCCAUUAAAGAAACUUUUUUAACUGAUGUUUUGCUUUUUGAACAAAUUUGAAUUCAGUGCUGUGCUGUACGAAUCAUAUCCUUUACUUAUUCCUCAUUAAAACCCUGUAUCUUGAUAGUAUGCAAAGAUUGAAAGGAUUUAGAUAUUACCACUACUUGCAUCACAGUUCAUAGUUCACAUUUUAUGUUUGUCACCAUACCCAUAAGCAAACCUGAUCCUUUAAUUGGUAGUACUCAAGAGGGCAGAGCAAGUAAACCAGCCCUGUUAGAGGGAGCAGAAGGAGGGGGGAAUAUGGGGAAGUGUAGAUGCAUUUCCCAUAAGUCAUAGUCAGCCAGCUCCUCCCCCCAGUUGGCUGAAAGCCAGCAUCAGGAGAGCAGAAAGCAAAGCGGCAGCGACUGAGCCGAGUCGUUACUGAAAAGUCGAACAUGAAGGCACGCAAACGGAGCACCUAGUUCGUGUCGAUGACAGGUUAUUCAGAACAAAUACUUGAGAAUGCAGUUCAGACUGGCAUCUAUUGGUAUGUCUGCCCGCUACGUCGGCUCACACAUACAGAGUCUGUUUUUGUGCCUGUUUGUUGCAGUGGGGUUUUCUCUAUUUCCUUUCCACGUAAAUUCAUUGGGGUGUGGUGGUGCAGCGUCUUAAGACGGAAGUGACAGUUGAGUUGCUUCGCUCUAGAUAAUCUUGCGGUGCAUGAAGUCUGCGUACAAGAUUUAGAAGAUAACAUGGCGGUGAGACAGAGGCUCUUCAACUCAACAGCGCCUUUCACUGGACCACCAAAAGCUGACCUGAAGGGGACAUAUCCAUCAUGCUCCAAUGCAGAGCAGGAGACUGAGGAGGCGCAAGAUGAGGGGAAGGAUGGCAAAAUGGGAUUUACGCAAAAGUGGUCUGCUGAUAAACUCACUAAACUCCUGACACAUGGAACUGCAGAACAAGUGGAAGAAAUGCAGUUCAAGACCUCAACCAUUGUUGCUCAGGCAGAAUGUGAAACCCAGGACUCCCAAGAGUUCAGCCCGUCCUGUUAUGACCGCUCCUUCCGUGCCUUCCCUAAAUGCUUAACCACCAGUCUUUCAUCUGACCAAAACAAUGUGGCGUGCCAAACAAUGGCCACCAUCCAGGAAGCAAGCACAUCAAUACUCUCCUCAAGAAAGAGUACCCAUAGGAGACAGAAACGUAAGGGGAAGAGGAAGAAGCAGCAGAAGAAGAAGGACAAGCAGCGACAGAGACGUCGAAUGCCUUCUGGAGUGCCUGAACAAGAAAGUGGAAGUUCUCUGAUCCCGAUCCUGGGGGACUCUUCUGUUGAAGAGAGAAGCGAUCUCAGCACCUCUUGCUGUAGCAGCUUUGAAAGUUCAGAGGAAGACGACCGAAGGGCUUCUUUUUACAGCCAACAAGUUUACAACAAAGGCUCAAGCUGUUCCCCUUUGAACUGGCCAGUUUUGGGUAACCUCUCCAGUGUUCGGUCAUAUGAGCACAACAGCAGCUCAGACUCUCUUAGCAGUGUGGGAGACUGCUCACUGGCCCUUGCUGGGCUCAGAGGCUGUGUCAGUCAGGGGGAUCCAUGCUACACAGGGCCAUUUUUCAAAGAAGUGGAGAGGGAGACUAGAGAAGACGAAGACGAGUUCUCGGAAGCUGACUCUGUUAGCAAUGAGGGACUCAUUUUUUAUCAUGAAAAAAUUCAGCCUGUGGACUCAGAAUACAAAGAAGGGAGAGAGUAUGUCCUCCAGCACUUCAUCAAGGAAGGCUCCUAUGGUGAAGUACACAGUGCUGAAGAUGUGAACAGUGGGUUCAAAUUUGCUGCCAAAAAGAUUGCCCUGAAGAGGUUCAACAGUGAGGAGGUGGGUGCGUGGAGUGCCCUCAGAUCUCCUCGUGUGGUGAAGCUCUUUGGAGUGGUUAGAGAGGGGCCUAAUGUCGUCCUUCUGAUGGAACACAAAGCUGGCUCUUUGGGCCAGCUGAUAGUGGAACGUGGUCGACUGCCAGAGGAUUUAAGUCUCCACUACCACUCUCAAGUUUUAACAGCGUUGGAGUACUUAGUGAAGAAAAGGGUGGUGCAUCUCGAUAUUAAAGCCGACAACGUGUUGCUGUCGGACGAUGGUAGAGACACCUUCCUAUGUGACUUUGGACAUGCCGAAAGGCUCGACAAUCAGGGUCAGAGCCUCAGUAGGUCCAAAGAUCUGAAGGGCACAGAGACUCACAUGGCCCCUGAAAUAAUAAAAGGAGAACCCCGCGGAGCUAAAGCAGAUGUGUGGAGCAGCUGCUGUAUGUUACUGCACAUGCUCAAUGGUUGUCAGCCUUGGACAAGAUACUAUAAUUGUCGCCUUUACUUGAAGAUUGCUAACGAGCCCCCGCCUCUGAGAGAGAUCCCACCUGACUGUGGCUCUCUCACUGCUGAAGUUAUAAAAGCAGGACUCCAGAAGGAUCCACUGAAGAGAUCAUCAGCAACUGACCUCAGAGAAAAAACUGACAGAGCUCUAAGAGAAGUUGGAGGACUCACCAACCCAGUGAAGGGUCCCUAUUUAGAGCCCUUGCUUAACACCAACAAACCAAGUGACUCCAUGCAACUCAUCAGCAGCAGUGCUGACUUUGAGGAUGAAGAGAUGCACCAAGAGUCCAUGGAAAAGCUGAUCACAACAGGGAGGAGGACAAAGAAACUGACUGAUGAGGAAGAGGCAGACGCUGAUUCUAAGAAAUCGAAACGAGGCUCGCCUCAUGAACCACAAAUGCUGAUCUCGGAGCUGAGCCACAAGAGGGACAACAAAAUCACCACGGUACCUGAACUUGAGCUACGGAAGCUGGUUGGAGAUUUCUAUCUGAGCAGCCUCUCCCAGCUUCAUUCUGCUGAGAUGCAGGAGCAGUUGUUGUCUUGCCUCAGCAGUGACCCUUACUCGAACUGGGAACCAUGGGACAAAAAGGACUCUGGCCGCUGGUCUCUGAGCCCAGGAGACGACCUCAGCUCCGGUGUCUUCUCCUACAAUAGCCAGCCAGAUGUGCAGGUGUUCAGUUUGGAUUUCCUGGGUCACACACAGCAGCCACCACCUUGCUGUUUUGAAGGGGUGGAUGUCUGCAUCAGAGACUUUAGUGAUAAGAAAAUCCGGAUCAGAGAGAUGCGUCGGGUGAAGGUGGGCCAUAUUGCCACUGGAAUCAGUGAUCAGAUCUCUGAGAGGGUUUACACACUGAAAACUGAGCACGGCCAGCAGAUUGGUCACGAUGAGGAGGUACAAGAGUCCGGCCUGGAGCUCCGCUGUUUUCCAGCUCCAGACUUCAGCACUUCUUGGAGAUGGAGAAUCAAAGAUGGCAUGCUGGAAACACGAUAGAGCCCUCAGCUACUUUAUUCCAGCUGCAAUUUCAUAUUAACCGCUCAUCAUUUCAUGUUGUGCUUCGAACAAGUGUCUUUGGCUUUUGUUGAUGUGUGAGGGACCAUAAAACAUUUGUGAGCCUCCACUUUAACAAACUGCUUUUGCCUAAAAUAUCGUAAAUUAAAAAUAAAAUGAAAUAUAAAAGAGGAUUGAUUUUUAGCAUUGUGUCUUGUAAUGUUGCAUGUGUCAAUGUUUAUGUUGAGUCAAUAAAUAGAAAACUGUGAAGUCUGUGAAAAAA